GCGCGGAGUACGUCUUGCUGGGACACAGAGGAGGUCUGCGCUCUGGUCUAAGGGGCGGUCGGGUGUCUUCUGCGCUCGCCCCACACCCGCGAGGCCCGUGCCGCCCGACCCAACGGCGGAGCCGCCCAGCGCCUCCCGUGGCACCCGCUCGCUCCUUGCUGGGGCGGGACGUGGCCCUACGGCUCCGGACACUAUGGCGGCCAGCCACUGGGUCACACCCUUGGUAUGCAGAUGGCAUGUCAUUCUUUUACAGCCGGGCUGUGAGUUUUCCAAGACUCUCAUCAUCUUUCCUUAUACGUCCCAUCUUUACGUCGUCUCUCUGCUCUAACAUGUUAGAAGAUGAAGUCACAAGAAGUCACACCACAGACCCAGUGAUGCCGCCCUAGGUUCUGCCACCCUGCGGCCUCCCUUGUUCGUUGUUCCUAAGUUCUGCUUCCCCAUUCAGCCUUGGGGCAAGGACACCCUGCAGCCAAGUUCUUUCCCACUUGAGGACAUGGCCCCCCCUUCCAGCAGUCUCCAGGACUUCAUUCCUCACCUCCACCCGAGGCUACAUCCUCACGGUCUUUUCCGUGCCAGUUCCUGCCAGCAUUCUCACACAAAGUCUUCGAAGGCUCUCGCUUUCCCUUCCGCUCUCCGAGGCCUUGUCUUCCCCACACCAGAAUCACCCUCCACCGUCUGUUCCCAGCUGCGACGGCUUCUCCAGCAUUCUCCUGGGAAGUGUCCCAGCUGGACCCACUCCUCUGCCCCGAAGCCUUCAUGUCUUCAGAGUGAAACAUCUUUCAACCUAAUAUCAGAGAAAUGUGACAUUCUAUCCAUUCUUCGGGAUCAUCCUGAAAACAGGAUUUACCAGAGGAAAAUCCAGGAACUCAGCAAAAGAUUUACCUCAAUCCGAAAGACCAAAGGAGAUGGGAACUGCUUCUACAGGGCCUUGGGCUAUUCCUACCUGGAGUCUUUGCUGGGCAAGAGCAGAGAGAUCCUCAAGUUUAAAGAGCGUGUGCUCCAGACUCCAAAUGACCUCCUGGCUGCCGGCUUUGAGGAACACAAGUUCAGAAACCCCUUUAAUGCCUUUUACAGUGUGGUGGAGUUGGUAGAGAAGGACAGCUCAGUGUCCAGCCUGCUGAAGGUGUUCAACGACCAGAGCUCCUCGGACCAGAUCGUGCAGUUCUUGCGGCUACUCACAUCAGCCUUCAUCAGGAACCGCGCUGACUUCUUCCGACAUUUCAUAGAUGAGGAAAUGGACAUCAAAGACUUCUGCGCUCACGAAGUGGAGCCCAUGGCCAUGGAGUGUGACCACGUCCAGAUCACAGCUCUGUCUCAGGCCCUCAACAUCGCUCUGCAGGUGGAGUACGUGGACGAGAUGGACACCGCUCUGAACCACCAUGUGUUCCCUGAGGCUGCCAUACCUUCCGUUUAUCUGCUCUAUAAAACAUCCCACUACAACAUCCUGUACGCAGCUGAAAAACACUAAUUUUAGGCCAUGCCGGAGCCUGUCACCUAAUGGACUGCAUUCUGAAUGGAACCUUCUGACUUGGCAAUUUUUUUAAUUGAUUUAGACAACUAGAAAACAUACAGCCUUUUGGGUAAAGCCACUGAACUGAGACCUGUGCCCACUAUGGACUGUCAUGACUUAAUAGGAAUUUUAGUAUUUAUUUUGAUAGAUGAUGUAAUGCCUGCAAACUCUGGACCGGAAAGCCAGGAACCCUGUCUAUGUAUCCGUUUACUGUAAGAACCUCGUUGGACCUAUUUAUUUACUGGGAAGAGGUUCCUGGCAGUGUUGAUGUGAUGUUGUGUGAAAAUGGGGAUAUAUGGUUAGUCUUCACCAGGGGCAGUGGCCCUCAUAGGGAAGAAAAACUCAGGUCAGCUGCCAUAUUCAGGUGACUUACCGGACCUAUGAAGAGUUCAGCCCUACUGUGUUGGUGGGUAAUGGUAGACAACUGUCUGAAUGUGUAGUGUCAUUCAUAGUGAGAGAGAGAGAGAGAGAGACUUUUAUACCAAAGUCCAGAAAAGGACUUUAGCCUUCAGCAUGAAGCUCAGGUUGUGAGGUUCUUCUACCUCAGGACCAGAACUCCUGACUUUGGGGGACAGGCCUUUCAGGGUUCUGCCGUCAACCUCACCUGGAUAAGGCUUGACAAAGAUAAAGGCCUGUACCUGAGUCAGUGUGUUCAUGUCGUCAUCCCCAGUGAAUCCUAGAAGCAGCGUCUAGGUGAGUCAGCAGGGUAGGGCGUAGCAUGGAAACAAGGGCAGCGCUAGGCUCCUCAGUUUCCCCAGUCCGGCUCUGGAGGCAGCGAGGCAGGAAAGUACAGACAAGCCAUUGCGGCAGGGGCGUUUCCGGUGCUGGCAGCAGCCUCCUCCUCUGCACGUGCCCCCUAAUAGCCCCCUUUUCAUUUGUUGCCUCCAGACCUUCAGGAGUGCCCCUGAGGACACCGUGGGAAAGUCAGCCUCCAACUGGGUUGAGGCACUAGCUAGCCAUGCCUUCUGUAGGACAGCCAUGGAACCACCCGCUGGUACCCUUCCUUGGGUGCAAAGUCCCCCCUACCACAAUGUUUCAUUCUGCAGGGAUAAAGGCUGCUGGGGCUACUGUGAGGGCCUACGACAGUCUGCACACAAGACCAGAAGGAUCCUGAGUCUUACACAAAUCUUGGACCUCUAUCUUUUGCUUGGUGUAAGUCAAAAGGACCCAGGUGUCUGGGCAGUGUGGGAACCAAGGCCAACAUUUAGAUCCAAGGGCUCCAGCUAAGUGAGCCUGUCACUGGCACAGGAGUGUAAAUCUGGUCUAUUGAUUUGUUAAGUGUCCUGCCCCUAUCUGGGUAUGAGCGUUGGGGUCUAUGACAAGGACUCCAGAAGAGCAGGGGCCCAUUUCCGUGUCUACCUUCAGCCAGACUAUUCACUUCCCGGCUGAAUGGUAUGAGCACAGGAUGCCUGCCUGGGCUGCUCCGAGUUCAGAUGAGUCUAGGAACAGGGCAAUGGGGAGACUUGGGAACAUGUUAAACCUGGUGGCCCACAGCAGUUCCUAACUAGGCUACAGCAACAGGUCAUGCCAGCGUACCUGCUUUCUGAAUGACUCCUGCACCCCUACAGCCACCUCUUUCUAGACAAAACACUGGAAGCACAGGCGCUUUAAGGUCAUCUUUGCCAAUGCUUGUGCGUUCCUCACGUUCCCAGAGGCAACAACUAGCAGGCGCAAUAACAGAGCAGUGUGCCUGCUCUGGCUGUCUUCCUACAACAGGAGAGACUGUGCUAGGGUCAGCUGCCCAAGUGAGUCUCAACUGUGGAACCUUGCCCAAGCCAUUUCACCGCUGAGCUUUGGAAGCAGAGGAGCAUGCCUCAGAAGUGAGUGGCUUCCCUAAGUAGGAGCCAUAGGCGAGCAGUGCAACAGGUCUAAGAGCCAAGUAUACAGCUAGCCUGGGACAGCGGGGCUUGGGGUUCAGUGAGUGCCCAAGGCCAAGCCCUUCAGCUUCCUUCAGAUGAAAACAUCAUUCGUAGCAUUAAAACAGUAUCUAUCUUUCA